AUGGAAUUUCUACAACCCCUGAACAAGCUUGAUUCAUUCCCUCCCAUGCUACGGGCCAUCUUCAACACAUAUAGAGGAGCACUCGAGUACCCAGCCAGCAGAGAAGCACGGGCCACCAAGAUUGCCAAUGAUACCUUCUUCUUCCUCCACGAUUCCAAUCCCGACGUCGAGGACGGUGGUGCCCUGAGUUCCAUAUGGUACGUGUUGAUGCAAAUGGUGUCCCACAUACCAGCCGGCCACGACUGGCAACAAACCUUGGUCCUUGCUUCCGACUAUGUCCGCCAGCGAGGGCCAGCGGGCAAUGACGAGUUCCCAGACAUUGACUGGAUGAAUCUUCCCGAACUCAGUAUUGUACUGAGGGAGUAUUGGGAAUACAAGCCGUUUGCUGGCGACGAAACGGACCCUGUUCCUCUCACGGAGUGGCAAAACGCAAACUCGUUUGUUGCACAUCUCGUUGGCUGUGGCCACGUCCAGCCCCUUUAUCUGGGCAUGUGGGAGAUUCGUUCGGCUCUUGAGGAGGGCCCCAAACCAGGGCCGCUGAUGGACUGCCGGGCUUGGGUAGCCGCUGAGUGGAUUCUCUGUUGCAGCAAAGUCCUGCUAGAGGAGAUGAAUCUUCCGAAUGAAGAGCUGGACGAGCAUGAUAUUGCGGUGCUACGGCCAGGUGAUCUCUACGGCAGCGACCUACCCCCUCGAAGCUUACAGCGAUGGGAGUUUUGGAAGAAGAGACUGGCUGAGAUUUCAAAGGAGUUUGAGGAGCUUGGUCUUGAAGCUGAGACUAAGAAUCGUGUCGAGGAAGCAAUCAAGGUGAUGGAGUCGGCUGAGAAGGGAGAGACUAAUGCCGAUGCCGAUGCCAUCCCGGCCGAGGCUGCAACGAAGUCUAACGAGCCUAGCCUUGAAGCCGAGACUAAGGAUCCUGUCAGAGAAGCUCCAAAGGUGAUGGAGUCGCAGUCUGCUGAGAAGGUAGAGACUGAUGUGAAUCCCGAUGCAGUCUCGGCUGAGUAA